AUGCUAAUCGACCUCUCGCGACGAAAACUCAUCGACUUUGACCCCACAGCCUUCUCCACCGAAGAGGAAAGGAAGAUGCUCCACGCCAUUACUCGGUUAGAUGUCUCUUGCAACAGUCUCUCAUCUUUGUACGGAAUGCGCUGGCUUUCCAUGUUAACCUCACUGGAUGUGUCAAACAACAAUGUUGCGUUUUUGCAUGGGCUUCCACUGUCGUUGCGGCAGCUCAAUGCAUCCUCCAAUGUUUUGACGGAGGUGGAUGGCCUCUCACCACUUCUACAGUUGGAAGUGUUGGUGGUCUCACAUAAUCAAAUCACAACUCUGGAAGGCCUCCCGGCAGCCGUGCGCAUCCUAGACGCCUCCUGCAAUCGAAUUGCGUCACUUACGGGCUUGGAGAAAUGCACGUCACUGGAGGAACUGCAGGUUCGACAAAACAUGAUUCAGCAUGUUGAAGGGCUGUCACCCAUCCAAUUCCUCCCCUCGCUCAAGGCCGCAACACUUGCAGAGAAUCCAGUGACAAACAGUAAACGACGUCUUGCCGCGGUUCACGCAAUGCUCCCACCUACACUGCAGGUUGUGGACUUACCAUCAUGGUCUUGGAUGAAAACAUCUUCUGGGCCGUCUUCUUCUAGCCUCGUGGUUUCUCUGAAUACCACCACAAUGCAAGACAGUGUAAAUCUCUCUUGUUUUUCAUCUGUCAGUACGGUGAGACAGGGCAAGGAUGCCUCGACACGUGGAAGUCCGUCCCUGUCCCCAGCGUCUUGUUCCCACAUGCCAGUGCGUACGACGUUGCAACGAGAGAAGCAAAAACACUCGCAUGCAGGGAGUGACAUGACGUGUUGUAUGACAGCAACUAACUUCACAACGCCUUCUCCAGCUGCUGUUGUGCAUAACAAUGUUUUGUCUUCCUCGGACACGACUCACUACUACAGCCGCCUUGAGCAUGCUUCCCGAGACGUCAACGCUAUGCAGGUACCUCAACGACAAGCUUUCACGGAAGUGGAUAUCUCGCUCCCUAGCAUCCGUGCCCAACGACUUUUGCAGUCCAUGGUGGAACAUCUUCAGUACGAACUCGACACAUGCCGGAGAAGUUGUUUGAUUUUUAAGAGAGAGAAUGGAGAUUUAAAGCUUUGCAUUCAACAGCUGCAGUCCAUAAAUGAGUAUCAGGCACGAAUGAACGCCAUCCUCGUGGAGAAAAAUGAUAAGCUUGAACGCAUCUGUUUUUGCUCCUCACCGCUCAAGCAAACGCAAAUUCUUGCUACUUCAACGGACGUGAAGAACCAUGUGGAAGGCGACGGCGUUGCUCACGCACCUCCUACGUCGAGGGAGCAGUUGCUAGAACUAUCCAGCAGCGGCAAAGGGGAUUUGGGAAAGGAGGCAAUAGAAAUUGAUCCUCAGCAUCCAUACGUAGAGGGGCCCUCAGAACAAGCAACUUUGGCCGAAACAAAAGCUGAACUCCGCCGCGGGGCUCGCUCGCUGGCGGCACUGUUUAUGUCGUUGGUCCCCAAACCAGCAAGGGAUCGGCCGCACUCCAGCAGUGCCUCCACGGCCGGUGCUGCCAAUUGUAAUGGUUCUUACCACCCUCGCACCAUCCCACAGCACGGUGAGGACACAAGCUGCAUCAAUGCUAAUGCGGAGAAUGCUUUGAAGGAUGUAAAUGCCGGUGAUAAGGGGCGCAAGCGCACCGUUUCAUUUGGGGGGUUUGCGUAUUAUUCGCCCUCGCCCUAG